AUGCCGCCGAGACCGACAGCUGCUUCAUCGAUAAGUGACCAUGUUGAGAAGCCCAUACAGAUUUCCACUGCCAGUGGCCCGUCUGCGUCUGCCGGUGUUGUAACCGAGCGCAAGAUCACAGGUGUUGCGUGGUUUGUUGUCAAUGUUGCCCUGCUGUCGGCGACUUUUCUGUAUGCCUUCGACAAUACCGUGACUGCAACGGUGCGACCUGCCAUUGUCGACACAUUUGGCAAUCGCAUAGAUAUGCUCCCGUGGGUUUCAGUGGCGGCGAAACUCAACAAGUUCCUCGACGGCAAGCUUGUCUUUCUCGCUGCCCUGCUUAUUUUCGAAGUAGGAUCUGCGGUUAUCGGCUCAGCGUCGUCCAUUGGCGCCGUCGUCGCGGGUCGCGCUCUGGCUGGCUCCGGUGGCUCUGGCAUCUACGUCGGCACCAUUAGCAUGAUCACUGGAAUGACAACUGCCAAAGAACAAAACCAGUAUCUCAACAUUGUCGGCAUGGCGUGGAGCUUAGGAACUAUUCUUGGACCCGUUAUAGGAUCUGCGUUUGCUGAUUCGCCUGCAACAUGGAGAUGGGCUUUUUACAUCAAUAUCUGCGUUGCCGCCGUUGCCGCCCCCGCGUGUAUCUGGAUUAUGCCUUCGGCGCCACCUAGCAUGUCGCUAGGAGUCAGGGACGUGAUUAAGGCAUUUGACCAUCUGGGUGCUGUGUUAUUUCUUGGCUUUGCCGUGUCGACAGUCAUGCUUUUGGGCUUUGGUGGCGUUGUGUGCAGCUGGGAUAGCGGCCAGAUGAUUGGACUUUACGUUGCCACCGCUGUGCUAUGGAUCCUGUUUGCUCUGCAGCAGAAAUUCCACCUUUUCACGUCGGAUCGCAUUUUUCCCGUGCAGUUCUUCAAGGAUCCAUUGGUGGUUGGCCUGUGGAUCUGGACAAUUGUCGCAGUUUCUGAUAUCGUUGUCACCAUCUACACGCUUCCGCUGUUUUUCCAGUUUGUGCUGCAUGAUUCCUCGAUGCGCUCUGCAGUCUAUACUCUGCCAUUUGUGGCAUCUAUUGUGGUCAGUGCUGGCAUUAGCGGGGGAGUAAUGCCCAAGUUCCCAUGGUACAAGUGCUGGUUCAUCUGGGCCAGUGUCCUGCUCCUUGUUAGCAACGGCCUGCUGUCCAGCAUUCACACGAAUACCUCUCGGGCUACCAUUUGUGGAUACACCAUUAUCCAAGGUUUUGGUGUCGGACCAGUCAUUCAGCUUGGCUAUACUGUGGGCCAGUUGAAGCGUCCGCAGGCGACAAGAAAGGACGUUACGGCGUUCUUCUCUUGUGCGCAGAUGGGUGGUCUAGCCUUGUCACUGGGCAUCGCUACCUCUGUUCUUAUCAACCAUGCCACAGAGAAGAUAUCGCACAUUCUACCAAAUGUCACGGAGGCAGUUACGCAGAGUGUAGCUUCUGUGUUUUACCUGAACAUAUUUGGUGCAGCGCUUGGCUUCCUUAUUGCCCUCCCUCUCAAAUUUGAGAGAUUGGAUUUCGCCGCGCUGCAAUAAUACAAUUACGUACUUGUCUGUUCCAAGCUGACUUAAAUCUACCGCAUACAUCACUGUUAGCAUGAUACAAC